AUGGUCAAAGGCUUGCCCGAGAGCAGCAGCAGCUCCGAAAAUCAGAUCAGGAUGAGGUGCUUCCUCCGGAUUAUCAACUGGUGCUUUGCCCUUCUUUGGAUCGGCACACUAAUUCAAUUGGCCAACGGUUCGCUGACCAUUCCCACGCCGAAUCCCACCCAGGUGCCAACGCCACACACAUUCCGCUUCCAGAAUCCGCUGCAGUGCCUCAAGAACGAGUACUACAACCUCAACCUAUUCGACUGUGUGCCCUGCAAUGAGGUCGCUUUGGGAGACGGGGGUCUCGGAAAACUGCAGCCCGACAAGUUUACCUGCAAAUGCCCGAUUGGCCACCUGUCCAUCUAUGAACGCGGCAAGACGUGGCCCACCUGCGAUGAGAUUUGCACCCCGGACAGGAGCGACAAUUGCACCUCCGUGUGGCUUCCACAGCCGCGUCCUUCCGCCCAAUGCAGCUAUCGGUACCUCAACUCAACGUCUGUCUUCGCCAGCCAGUUGGCGGUGCAUCCGCUCAUCGCUGGCAUUAUCCUGACCAAGACGAAUCCUGCGAGCAGCAAAGGCGAUUGCCAAUCCUGCGAUUUGGCUCACAAUUUUCGCUAUCAGGAUUUUUGCUUGGCCAGCUCCCUGCUCCGUCCGUAUAUGCACUACAAUGCCUUCUGGCAGGCCACCACCACCACAGGUUUCAGACCGGAUGCAAGUGCACCCAGUCACUUCGGGGACCUCAAGUUCGUGGCCUUCUUCUGUCUGACCCUGCGGAACGAUACCGCCUGCCAGCAGCUGGCAAAUCUCUGCGUGCUCUCGCACUUCUCGCUGGAGAAGCACUCGCCCUGCAGUGCCUUCCUGCUCACCCAGGUCUCGGAUGUGGUGAUGAAGUAUGCCCAUUCCGGCGAACAGGUGCGUUCCCUGCAGCCGUUUCUGUUCUACAAGAAGGGUCGCGUUACCAAGGAGCUGCUCUCGAAGACGCUGCAGCUGCCAGAUCGCAAGGAGCUGCGGCUUUUCAGCACCACAUUUGGCCUGGACGGUGGACUCAAGCGGUGGGGUCCCUUCCAUCCGGAGAUGCUGAACAUGUGCCAACAGCCAGCGCCAAAUCUGCGUCUGGCUUUGCCGGCGAAGGAGUCGGAGGUCUCCUGCCAGCUGACCCUGGAGCGCCUAAUUGACCUGGCCAACCAGCAGGCCAACGACGAGUUUCUCACGGUUUUCCUCAACUUUAGCAGCAACUGGCAGUUUCUUCUCCACCAGCUGCCCGUGCUCAUCGAGACUUUGACGCCGGAGAAUCAGCGUCCCCAGCAGGAGGAGUGGCAGCUGGUGAAGCGUUUUCAGUUAAUCUCCGCCUCGCCGCGCGACAAUCGAAUCCACCAGACAUUGCCACGCUACGAGGAUGGCCACAAGCUGCAGCAGUACUACUCGCUGCGCUAUGUCGAGGAUAUGGAACUGCAUUAUACCCUGGACAAGGAUCAGCCGGAUAGAGUGGGUCUACCCAUCAUUCGGCUGCGGUAUCGGCAUAUUGAGAUGGGUUCGGGAAAUGCCUCGCUCUCCCAGCUUUAUCCAUUUCGCUUGAGGAUUACCCACGAGCAGGUGAAACGAGGCUGGGAUUGGUUCGUACUGGAGGUGGCGCUGCCCCUGCUUCUUUUGCUGGCCCUCGCAGCUGCUAUCUUUCGUCUGCAGAAUUUGCGAAGGAGGAGAAAGGCCGAUCUGUGCCAGAUGAGCAGCUUGAUCGAGUUUCUCCUGCAGCUUGCCGGCAAUGUGGCCUAUGCUUUGUUGGCCACUGCUCUGCUUCUCCUGCUGCUGCAGGCCUCCAGUCCACGCCUGCUGAAGAUCCUGCUCUAUCCCGCCUGCCUGCUGCAGUUGCUCUUCCUGGGCGUUCAGCUGUGGCGCUCCAGCCAGCUGGAACUGUUUCUCAUCGACUGGGAGAGGCCGCGAAGCAGCUGCGAGGGGCAGCGCCUCAAUCUGGACAGCUCCUCGCUCUGCUCCAGCGUGCGCACCUUUGUCGCGGAGAGCAGCGUCUCCGCCUGGCGGGUCCUCUUCACGGCCAAUGCCUGGAUUCGCCUGAGCGUGAGCCAGAAGUACUCCACCCUGGGUCAGGUGUUUGUAGCCGUCGCAGCCUAUCAGUUUUUGGAGAGAUUUACCAGGGGAGAUCUCUUACUGAGCUGCUGCUUGCUGGCGGCCGUUUAUCUGCUCACAUAUCUGCUUCAGAUUAUGGGACACCACCUGUUUGUGGCCAAUCCCCUGCAGAAGUUCAUCGAUCUUUGCAGUCUGGCCAAUAUAUCUCUGUUCUCGCUGACGGAACCGGGUUUCGGCUACUACAUCCACGGACGAUCCCCACACGGAUUUGCCGAUACGGACAUGUCCUCGAUGAUUUUGCAGCUGCAGAGGACCCAGGCCAUGAGUGGCCGACGGGGACUGCUUAUGGAUUCGGAUAAGCAGGCGUACAUCAUACUGCCUCCCAGAAAUCUGCACAUCUACCUGGAGCGACUCCUGCUGCCCUUCCAGCGCAGCCUCACCGGCAGCCUCUCGCAGACGCUUCUCUAUCAAAAGGACAUCGUUCCCAGCAUCGAUGGCCAAAUGGAGCGCACCUCUAUCGCGUAUGCCAGCGUCAAUCGCUUCUUCUGCGCCUUUAUCGACCAUGCCAUUAAGGACAUGGAUUACAUCAUUAAGGAAAAAUCAUUUGUGGAGCAAUUGCUCAACUGCGAAAUUGACAACUACAUUACGGAAAACAAAGGUACCUUUUACAUCGACGACUCGUUCAGCUUCUCCCGAGUUCUCCUUUUGGGUAAUCAUUUGCAUAUCUUUGUGAUGGAACUGCUCCUGCUGCUGUCGAUCUUCCUGAUGACCUCGAACUUGUUGAUUGCAGCUGCGGCAGCUUGUGUGUUCAACAUGUUACUACGGAAAGUGUUCCGCCAUUGGGUGCGCCGCAAUGUCUCCCGCAAGACCCUCAUCGACGAGAGAUUCCUCUUGUAGCCCCACAGUGAGGAGCAAUAUCUGCGGGAGGACGGAUUCUUUGCCAUUUAAAUGAUAUCAGAGCAUUACAUGAAGUUUUCUUUUAUUAUUUUAUAAUCCACUCGAUAGUAAGUAGUACAUCCAUAUACAGUGGUUAUUCUUUAGUUAUCGUAAAACUUACGGCUAAAACAGAUAAAAUAAUUUCCAUAGUUUCACAUUUAACAUACAAACAUUCGCAGAUGCUAUGCAUGAUCUACUUAGCUUUUGUUUUUAUUUUGUUUUUUUUUCUUGAUAGGAUAGCACACAUUGUCGUCCAUCGGGAGCGUCGUACAAACAUUUAUGCAUGGCUAUAUAAUUUCAUUAAUAUAUUUCCGCCCCUAUAUCGUUCCUAUUGUGGCGUCGUUAGGAGUAGGUAGUUGACUUUUUAGCAUCUAAUUUUAUCAUAUUUUAUUUGUAGUUGUCCAGUGUGACUUCUGUUCGUUUGUGUUUUUCGUGUCUUGCAUUGAAAACAUUUAUGAAAAUAUUGACCUUAGCUGAUUUGGUUUUAUUUUAGUUUCGAUCCGGCAUCAUAAAAAACUACAUACACGCUCGGUUAAAUAUAUAUGUAUAGGUAUAUGAAAAGGUGAUUCUUUGUCGGAAAUAUGUAUAGAUCAUUAUGUACAUCGCCUGCGGGUGGCGUGGCCCGCCGAUCGAUUGGUAAUAAAUAGAGCUAGUCACUCCUUACACCUACUGUCUGCUAUUACGUCAAACGUACAACAUCCAAACAUCAAUGAUUUGCUUACUCGUAAGUUAAGGGUUUGAUUUAUCUGCGGAACUUAGACGGCUAGAAUGCAGCUAACUUAUUUCAAGUGUCUUCUUAUGUGGUAUACGAAUGUAUAUGCUGUUCUUGGGAUGAGCAGGAGCUUGCUGAUGGAUGGUUAGCGGUCAAUAAAUAUCGUACAUGUCAAAUUCGAAAUAAAUGUA